AGAAAUGAAAAUUGUCCAAAGAAAUGAUUAUUUUGCACAGUAUUAAAAAAAAACAUUUUUUUUCUUUUUAAUGGCUUAUACGAAAAAGACUUUAACGCAUUUAACUCUUGAUGAUAUAAAAAGGAAAAGAGAAUCUUUUGAAAAUUUUACUUCUUCAACACCCGAACCAUUUUUUCAUAAAGAAGAAAAAUGUCGUAUGACUUCUCGUCGAUGUCAAUCAGUUGAUCGUUUUGUUUCAAGGCAAAAGGUUCCACAAGAAAUUGAAAAAUUAUCUGACUCUUUCCAUCAACUCUCUAAUAUACCCUCACUAUGUUUAACGAAAGGUAAAACAGGUGAACAUCGUCAAUCAUUUAGUAGUAACACACCAGUGGAAUGUACGUUACAUACAAGAGGAUUAAGACCUUCACCAACUCCAUUUUAUAGUGAUACACAAAAUUAUGAAAAAAAAACAGAACGAUUUUCACUUACAUACGAUACUUCCUCUUUAAGAAGUUCAAGUCAUAUGCCUUCCCAUACGAAAAGAAUAUCAAUUACAGCUCAAGCUUCUAUGACGCCUUCAACGAUUGGAAAGUCGCGUUAUGGUACUGUUUUACGACGCGACAGUCAUGAAAAUACUUUAUCUUCUUUACGCUAUCCACCACUGGUAUCGGGUGGCUCGAAUCAGUUGAUGAAGGGAAGUUCCGUAAGACGUGGAGUUAAUACAAGUAGUGAAAGAUAUGGAAAUUCCGUUAUGUUCAAUUCAACAAAUCAAAGUUCUUCAGCCGUAAGAAGUAUAAACAGAACAUCAAGUAUUGCAUCUAAACGGAUAUAUAAAGAUAAAAAUGUUAUCAUCCCUACCACUUUUGAAAAUAUUGUAUUGGAUCCAACAAAGUUUUCUUCUGAAAAAGUACGAAGAGAUGCAGCUUUGGUUAUUUUACGAUGCCUUCAUAUGAAGAAAUAUAAUCAGGAAAUGUUCGUCGAAGAUUUUGUUCACUGUCCUUCAACACAGUCGUAUAUCAAUUUAAUGCAAUUUCUUUUCAGUCAUAUUGAUCCAUCAAAUGAACCAUUUAUUCUUGAGGAAAAAGUGACAUCAAUGUUUAAACUUUUAGGGUAUCCUUUGCAAUUCGCUAAAUCACACUUUCGAUCACCUUGCACGCCUUUAAUGUGGCCACAUCAUUUAGCUUCCAUUGCAUGGUUGUGUGCUCUACUUAUUUUCGAUGAAACAGUUUUAAAAGAUUUAGCAAAACCUACGCUACAAGAAUCACAGCAUAAACCUACUCAUAAGUUGCCCGAAACUCCGAGAGUUAUUGGUGGGUUUCGGUGUUAUCAGUUCGAGGAUGAGAUUGAAGACACCACUCAAAACAAUAGCGCUAUCGGUUUACACUUAAAGAGUGGACAUAUCAAAUCACCGUAUAUUAAAACAAAUUUUCAUGAAGAAGAGUCUCAUGUGGUUACAGAUUAUAUUCCGUGCGAACCAAUCACUGUUGCUCUUGUUCGUACAAUACAAAGUGCUUAUAUGAUGUAUAAACAGCAAGGGAAAGAGAUCAAUGAAAAAUCUUUGGAAGCUUUAUUAGACAAGGAUAUUGCGCAAUAUCGUCGAAAAGAGGAGGCUUUAUUGAAGGAAUCCCAAGCUAUGCGGGAUGCACAAAAACAAGUUUAUUUAGCUGCCAAAGGCAAACUGGAUCAACUCGGCGCGUUACAAUCCCAAGUUACACAACAAGAAACUGAUUCGUUUCGUUUACAAAGUCGCAUUCAAACAACAGAAAAAUUAAUUGAAGAAAAGAAACGAUGUUUUCGGAAUUUACAAGAAGAAAAGAACAACCAAGCUGCAACGAUUUUUAACUUACAGAAGAAAAUAAAAAGUAUUACGUCUAUUGUUGAAGCUCAGGGGAUUAGUAAACAAGAAGUUUUGGAAUAUGUUGAGAAAACAAAAUGUGAAAAAAACGCGUUAGUAGAACUUCAAAAACAAGCACAGUAUGCUUCUAACGAAUGCUCCACAUUACAAAAACGCACGCAACAAAUUAUUAAUAAUAUUGAAGAUUCUCUUUCGAUUUCUGCAAAAUUAUUAAGAGCUUUUAAGUCCAGUCAUGCUUAUAGUGAAAAAGAAAGUCUUCUAGAUUCUUACGCUGUUCAUUAUCCUCGACCGUUAACAUUCUCUUCAGCCAAAUUAUUAGAGACUCAUUUAAAACAAUUCAUGACCAUUUAUGCGUCGACUACAGCAACAGGAGUGAAAUCUCAUGAAAAAUUGGCGCAACUUUUAAAUAGAAUAACUGAGACAAAACUACAAUGUCAAGUGAAACAAAUCGAUAAAGAAAACGAGCUGAUGGAAGACGAAAUCAUACAGAAACUUGAGAAUGAAAUUGAUGGUUUUUUUGAAAAAUGUUUCAAUCAAGUAUCUUGGAGGGACUAUUUUCGUGAAUUAGAGGAAACUGUAGAAGAACAACAGAAGAAUUUAAGCAAAGUUAAGAAAACUAUACAAUCAUCUGAGAAAAUGACCUCCACUAUAAAAAAUUCUAUACAGCUUAAUUUAAAGAAACUUUGCGGAAUCAAAGAAUCAAUUCAAUUUUUAACGGAUGAUUUAAAAAAAAAAAAAACACACUACGCAAAUCAGCUUGAAGCCGUACAAGAAGCUUAUAAGAUCUCUACAAAAUCAUUUCUCGAUAAUGAAAUUCAGGAGUUGAAACAAACGUCACAAGAAUUACGAAUCGAGUUAACGUCAGUACAAGAGAAGAAAGAGAGUGUAAAGAAACGAUUUGCUGACACAGACAAAAGAGUAACAGAUCGUCUCUUCACGUGGCUCGAUGCAGUUGAAGAAGAAAUUCAUCUUGUUCUACAACAAUUGCAAAGUUCUCAAAGUGUCGUGACGCGUGAAAUAAAAAAUGUUCAAGCUAUUCAUUCAGUUAUUUUGAACAAUCAAACAAAAAUCCUUUCUCAAAAUAAACUAACAGAUGUUUUACCCAAUCUUUUAAUAUCAUCUAGUGAUCAAACGAUUGGUUGAAAUGAUUCAUUUCAAUUAAAAUAAUUAAAACAAAACAUUGUAUUUUUUCAAAAACCUUAUGUUAAAAUACAAAUUUCUCCCAGAUUGUAAACAAAAAAUUAAAGAUUUUCCUAAAAAUCUUCUUCUUUUUUCUGUAAAAUGAGAUUUUUUUUAGGGUGUUAAAAACAGAAAAGUUUUAAUGUUAAACAAAAAUUGUUGGUCACCUUUGAUACAAAAUCUUAAAAAGUUUAUUAUUGUGUUACA